AUGGACUUAUAUCAUUAUCUCUUUAAAUUCAUAAUUGUAGGAGAUACAAGUAAUUUUGAUAAUUUUUAAAUAAAUAAGGUGUUGGUAAGAGUUGUUUAUUAUUGAAAUACACAGAAGGUAAAUUUAAAGAAGAACAUGAUGCAACAAUUGGAGUAGAAUUUGGAUCUUAAGGAUUCAAAUAUAAGAAUAGAUAAUUUAAAAUAUAAAUUUGGGAUACUGUACAAUAUUGAAUUAAAUAUAAGGCUGGUUAAGAAUCAUUUAGAUCUAUUACUCGUUCUUAUUAUAAAGGGUUUAUUAAAUAAGUUUAUUUAUUAGUUCAAUAGGUGUUUUACUUGUUUUUGAUAUUACAAGUAGAUAAUCGUAUCAUAAUAUUGUGAGAUGGUAUAAUGAAAUAUUAGAUUGUGCUCAUGAAACUGUAGAUAUAGUAAUUGUUGGUAAUAAAGUAGAUUUAGAGAAUUAGUAAAUAAUUUAUAUAAAUAGACGCUAAGUUUCAAUAGAUGAAGGGAAAUAAUUUGCAGAAUAAUAUAAAAGAAAUUAUAUUGAAACAUCAGCUAAAACAGGAUAAUUUGUUGAUUAAGUAUUUUAAUAAAUGGCUAUGAGAAUAUAUGAUAAAAUAGAAAAUAAAUUAAUAGAUUAAAAUAAUGAAAAUUUAGGUAUUAAAUUAGGCACAUUUUACAGAAAUGAUGAAUAAGAUGAUGAUUUAGAGUUGUAAACAAGUUUAGGAUAGAAAAAGAAAAAAAAGAAUGAUGAUUGUUGUUGA